UUGUGCAAGACAUAGGCAGUGCAACAUGUCUCUCAAGGAUCACCUCGUCCACAAUGUGCACAAAGUGGAGCAUCCUCAUGCUCACAACAAGAUCACCGUGGUUGGAGUGGGUGCUGUGGGCAUGGCCUGUGCCAUCAGCAUUCUGAUGAGGGAUUUGGCUGAUGAACUUGCCCUGGUUGAUGUUGUAGAAGACAAGCUCAAAGGAGAGAUGCUGGAUCUCCAGCAUGGCAGCCUCUUCCUCAGAACACCCAAGAUCGUUUCUGGCAAAGAUUACAGUGUGACUGCCCACUCUAAGCUGGUCAUCGUCACUGCUGGUGCUCGCCAGCAAGAAGGAGAGAGCCGCCUUAACCUGGUCCAGCGCAAUGUGAAUAUCUUCAAGUUCAUCAUUCCCAACGUUGUUAAAUACAGUCCUGACUGCAAGCUGCUUAUUGUCUCCAACCCAGUGGAUAUCUUGACCUACGUGGCCUGGAAGAUCAGUGGCUUUCCCAAGCACCGCGUUAUUGGUAGUGGCUGCAAUCUGGAUUCUGCCCGCUUCCGCUACCUCAUGGGAGAAAGGCUGGGCAUCCAUUGCCUGAGCUGCCAUGGAUGGAUUGUCGGAGAGCACGGAGACUCUAGUGUACCUGUCUGGAGCGGAGUGAACGUUGCUGGUGUCUCCCUGAAGGCUCUUCAUCCCGACAUGGGAACUGAUGCAGACAAGGAACACUGGAAGGAGGUCCAUAAGCAGGUGGUGGACAGUGCCUAUGAGGUUAUCAAACUGAAGGGAUACACAUCAUGGGCGAUUGGCCUUUCUGUGGCAGAUCUAGCUGAAACUAUUAUGAAGAACUUAAGAAGAGUACAUCCCAUCUCUACAAUGGUUAAGGGCAUGCAUGGAAUAAAAGACGAUGUCUUCCUAAGUGUUCCUUGUGUACUGGGCAGCCAUGGCAUCACUGAUGUAAUAAAGAUGACCCUAAAACCUGAGGAAGAGGACAAGUUACGGAAGAGUGCAGAGACACUCUGGGGAAUCCAGAAGGAACUACAAUUCUAGAUUUGGCCAAGCAGUUCACUGUUUGCAGUUUAAUGGAUUUAGUGGUUUGUCUUACGUUGCACUUUCCAAGUACGUCAAAGCCUCCAAUGUAUGCCUCUCAACUAGAGCACAAAUUAAAACCUGAACAAAUCAGUUUCCUGAAGCUAGUGCUAGGAAACUACUCUAGGGUUUUCCCUGUUCACAAAUACCCAUGAUCCUAACCAGAGCUACGUAACAACCCAAUCUUGUAUGUGAAGUGGUGUGACGUAAAUCCAGCAUUCAGAACAGCACUGCCUAGAAAACCCUCUGCCUUUUCCUCACCUGUUUAAUAUUGGUUCAGAACAACAGGUAACUGGUUAUUACACAGUGUGAAGCCAAAGACUUCUCUUGCAGUUAAAGGAUUGUCAAACCAACUGACCAAUCUUUUCUGCCAGUUGAAUAGCUUAUAUAUUUCACUCUUGGUAGGUCCAAAUAUAUUUUCCUAACACUACUUUGGAAUUUUUGUGUAUACCUUUUUUUAGAGAACCUUAUUUUUGUGUACUCUAUCAGAGCAGUUGUAAAUCUGUCUCCUAAACGUAUUAUAUAAAACCCUAAUGUCUCUGUAUGCAACAAGACAACAGCUGUCCAACUGUAGCACCAGCUCCAACACCAAAUAAACAAUGAACUGUUA